AUGGGGAAUUGUUGUAACUUCGCGGUGUGCGGAGAGUGUUGUAUGACACGAUCAUUUGGCUCAGCCGGCCUAAAAUCUACAAUCACCACCCUCCACGACGGCGACACCACCAUCCACUGCUGGGUACCAAAAAAAUAUAAACUCACCAAACCUAAUUUGCUCCUGAUUCAUGGUAUUGGAGCCAACGCGAAAUGGCAGUGGACUCGAAUAAUCUCCAGCGUCACUCCCCUUUUCAACGUCUACGUUCCCGAUUUGCCCUUUUACGGCGACUCCUACACGUCGCGACUUGAUCGGACGGAGCACUUCCAGGCGGAGUGCGUGAUGAUGACGAUGGAGGCGUUGGGAGUGAUGGGGAAAAUUAACCUGGUGGGGCUUAGCUACGGUGGGUUUGUUGGGUAUAGCAUGGCGGCGAAGUUCCCGGAGGCGUUUGAGAGGGUGGUGAUUCUCGGUGCUGGGGUUUGUUUGGAUUCGGAGAUAGAUUUGGAAGAGGGUUUGUUUAGUGCUAAAAACAUCAAAGAUGCUGCAAACAUUUUGCUUGCUCAAACGCCUGAAGGAAUCAGGGAAUUGUUGACGAUUACCUUCUUUAACCCUCCCAAUGUGAAUUGUGCACCCAAUUGCUUGCUCAACGAUUUUAUCGAAGAAAUGAACGUUGAAUACUUUGAAGAGAAGAAAGAAUGUAUCGAAGCUGUACAAAAGGAUAGAAAGUUUGCUGACCUUCCUAAGAUCCCUCAGCCAACACUAAUCAUUUGGGGAGAAGAAGAUCAGAUUUUCCCUUUGGAUUUGGGCUACAGGUUAAAAAGUCAUUUAGGUGAAAUUGCGGAUCUUGUAGUUUUAAAGGAGACAGGUCACGCAGUCAACAUGGAGCAACCGAAAGAGUUGAUUAGACUUUUUAAGUUAUUCUUCAUCGAACGAUCUUUUCCUCAACGUGAAAACACUGGGAAAGGGACACCGCUUUUGCGUUGA